AUGGCUUCUCUUACCCUUAACAUUUUAAGAGAGCCUCAGAAUCAAAUCUUCACCACAGUUGUGGUUUUAUUCAUCUUCAUUGCUGUCAUUUUCAUUUCAAGAAAUGCUUCUCUUUACCCCAAGAACUCGGCACAAGAUGAAGAAAAUCCUAGUGCUUUAAAAUCCUUCUUGAGAUUUUUCUAUGCGUCGUUUCUCAAACCGCAUAAUGGAGAUGGUACCGAAAAUGGCCAGCAAGAUGCACUGGAAAGUUUCUACAAAGCACAGGCGGGAGUGUAUGAUGCGACAAGGAAGAGGUUGUUGAGGGGGAGAAAAGAUAUGCUGGCGUUGGUGGCGGCACAACUGGUCAAUAAGGCGAGUAGGGAACGUACUCAUGAUACGAAACGCAUUUGGGUCGAUAUUGGCGGUGGCACUGGAUGGAAUAUCGAGGCGAUGUCUGAAUAUGUCUCGGUUCCAGAGUUCUUCUCUAGCGUUUAUCUUGUUGAUUUUUCUCCCAGUCUAUGUGAAGUUGCACGAAAGAGAUUCAAGCGACUUGGCUGGAAAAAUGUCAAGGUUGUGUGUCAGGAUGCUCGCACAUUUCGUCUAGAAGAUCACGAAGAUAUCGAUCUUGAAGAUGCCAGUUUCUCGCGGUCGCCUACUUCGAAUUAUUUCUCGAAUUCGAAUGCUGUUGGUGGUGCGGAUCUCAUUACUUUGUCCUACAGCUUAUCUAUGAUUCCUGACUUUUAUUCUGUCAUCGAUUCUCUUGCCAACUUACUCGCUCCCUCGGGGAUGGUCGGUGUUGUAGAUUUCUACGUCCAAUCGAUCGUGGAUCUUAGCUGUAGAAACUACACUGGCGGCGUGAUAAAUCGACAUGUGAACUGGUUAGGGAGACUUUUCUGGCGAGCAUGGUUCGAUGUCGAUCGUGUGAAUCUAGAGGCUGGUCGUAGAGAUUACCUCGAAUAUCGAUUUGGAACUGUUCUCAGCGCAGAUUCAAGAAAUAACUUGUUAGGCUUUAUUCCAUACUACAUAUGGCUUGGUUGUCAGAAGAAACCUGCAUCCUCAAUCGCAGCUCCAAAUUACCCGCAUGAAAUGGUUGAACGUCUCGACGCCGCCGUAACAGAAUCUCCGUACCUGUCUCCUAUCAACCAUACGAAAACGCUAUCCCGCACUGCGGAUGGAUCAACACUACCAGAGAUUCGAUCCAAAGCGUUCGAAGCAGCCAUCGUUAAUCUCUCAGCAAAUCUGCCACUCCCUUCUUUCUUCUACCAGAAUCAUCACUGGCGAAUCCACUACGAUGAUCAGCUCAAAAAACACACCCAAUUUGGACAAGAAUAUAUCUACGCCUUUACUUGGGAAGAUACCCGAGUGGACGAACGUCUCCUCAACAUCACUCGCGACGAUGUUAUCUUAGCAAUAACAAGCGCAGGUGACAAUAUCCUCUCCUACGCCCUCAAAUCUCCUCGUCGUAUCCACGCUAUUGAUUUAAACCCCAACCAAAACCACCUUCUUGAAUUGAAAGUCGCCUCCUUCGCCGCCCUCCCGUACUCCGAUUUCUGGAAACUGUUCGGUCUUGGGAAACAUCCCCAAUUUCGAGAACUACUUCUUACACGUCUCUCGCCUCACAUGUCUUCCAGGGCUUUCCAAUAUUGGCUAACCCAUGCCAACGUGUUUACCACCAGCUCUCGCGGUCUCUAUGAAACCGGUGGCUCUCGCCAUGCCAUCCGCAUUGUCCGUCUUCUAUCCCAAACCCUCGGGUUUAGCAACGAAAUCAAAGCUUUGCUCACCUCCAAGACCCUCAACGAACAGCGAGAAGUCUGGAAAACAAAAAUCCGACCCAUAAUCAUGAGCCGAAUUUUCUCCUACCUCGUCGUAUCUCAAGAAACCUUUCUCUGGAAAGCCCUUGGAGUUCCGAAAAAUCAGCUCCAUAUGUUGGAAGCGGAUUACAUAGCUUCUGAAUCCGUAGCGCGAAAUGCUUCGCCGCUAGAACAUUCGGAGACUGACUUGAAGAAGAGCAAGGGAAGUGCGGUGUGGGAAUAUAUGAUUCAGACUCUAGAUCCAGUGAUUGAAAAUUCGUUGAUAGGGGAGGACAAUCCAUAUUACUUAGUUUGUCUUCAAGGUUCUUAUACUCAGAGAUGUCACCCUGAUUAUCUGCGUCCGAAAUCACAUCAAAAGUUAUCUCGUCAUGAUGCGUUUGACGGGUUGAGAAUCCAUACGGAUGAAAUUGAUGAAGUGAUUCAAAGAAUCACGCCGGGUACGCUUACGAUUGCGGUGGUUAUGGAUAGUAUGGAUUGGUUUGAUCCGGGAGCUGAGGCUGCGGAAAAGCAGAUUAGGAAGUUGAAUCGUGCGCUUAAGUUGGGGGGCAGAGUGCUAUUGCGAAGCGCAGCACUGACGCCAUGGUAUAUUUCCACAUUUGAAAGAUUGGGGUUCGUAGGUAAGAGAGUAGGCGCGAGGAUUGGAGGGGCAUGUAUUGAUCGUGUCAAUAUGUAUGCAUCCUGCUACUUGUUGACCAAAAUGGAAGACCUGGAGCCGUUGACUCCAACAGCGAGUCCUUCGAGAACUUCGGGUAGACAGGGGUCCAUGGAGUUGGAGAAACUGGAAAUCUGA